GUUUCUUUGACAACUAAGAACAAAUAUCAAUUCCCAUGACAAUGUAUCGCUAAGUCUUUUAUUCUAGGGAAUGACAUUUGCUCGAUUUUUCAUUGUCUAAUUUAUUUUGCGUGUGCGAAUGACGAAGGAAAUCCAGCAUGGCGUCACAUGGUUUCCUCUUUGGUUACUAAUCAAAUCUACUUUAUCUAAAUUUGUAUAUAGUGUUGUGUAAAUAAGUGUACAGGAUGAGUGCUGCGGUGGCUUCAUCGCGUGGGAACACAAGACCCAUGAAAGAAAAACAUGGAAAAUCCACCCCACAGACACAAACAAAAUCAGAAGGACCUCCUCAGAAAGUACAGGCUACUCCAGAACAGAUAAGGUUGGCACAGUUGACAAAUGAUGCAAAUUCAUUAGAUGAAUCCGCAUUCAGACAGAAGGUGAAACAGGUGAUCGAUGUAACAGGUAUUACAGAUCAAAUAGAAGUAGAAAUAGCUUUACAAGACUGUGGCAAUGAUACAGAGAGAGCCAUUAAUAUGUUGUUAGAGGGUAAUACAGUACAGGGAGAAUGGAAAGAACCUGGAAAGAAAAAGAAGAAGCCAACACCUGCUCCUGCUAAAUCAGAACCUACAACAAAUCAUGUGGAGGAAAAAACAGAAGAACCAGAACAGAACAGUGAGAGAGAAAAAGUCCCAGACAAAGAUCGAUCAGAGAAUAUUUCCCGACGAGGGAGGCGGUUUGACAACAGAUAUGAUAGCAGACCACCACGUUUAGCAGCCAGAGGUAGAGGGAGAGAUCGACCGAACAGAGAAAACAAUGACAAUGAUGCUGGAGAAUUUGGUGGUACAUUUGGACAAGAUAAAGGGUUUGAUGGAAGAGGACGUGGCAGGGGUAGGGGUGGGAGAGGUGGUUCAAGAAGAGGAAGAGGAAGGAGUUUUAAUGCACAACCCCCUAGAGAAAGAGAAAGACAGCCAGCUAAAUUUGACAAGGGACCACAAAUAGAUACAUGGACCAAUGAGACAGCUGCUAUUGCAGAAAAAGAAAAUGCCACUGGUCCCUGGGGAGAUGGAAUAGAAGAUUGGAGUGAGGAUACAUGGCAAGGCAAUACACAGAAAUCCCCGAAUCAAAUAAAGUUGACCGAAACAAAGGUGUUUGAAUCUUCAAUACAGAACAGAGACCCAGAGCCAAUGACUGACUCAUCCAACACACUAGGACAAAGGAUAGACAUUGGAGUACUUCUUCAGAAGACAACAAAUGAAUCUCCCGAGUCAUAUUUGACACAGUAUAAUCAGCAAGCAACAGAGUCCAUCAAAAAUACAAUUGGGAUUGGUUCAGCAUCCAGACAAUCCUUAUCCAGUCAGAUGGGUGCAUCCUCUUUAACCAAUCAUUUAUCAUCAGGACCAUUAGGAGGCCAUCAGAUGGUCUCGUCAUCCUUAUCUAAUUCCAUGUCUGUUUCGUCAGCAUCGUCAGCGGCAGUUGAUGCAUUGGUGUCAUCUUUUACCCAGAAUUCCAAUUUAAGUACAGGGGUAGAUGGAGGAAUUGAUUUGACAGCAUUAACACAGAAUUCUAGUAGGGGCAAUAUUGACUUAACUUCACUGGCACAAAGUCGACAGAAUAUGCCACUGGAUUUGAAUUCACUAUCUCAAAGUCGGCAGAGUGUUCCCAUGUCGAUGAAUUCACAGACAGAUUCUUUAUCUUCGUCACAGCAGAGGCCUAAACCUCAAAGAUCAAAGUUGCCACCUCCCUCAAAGAUACCAGCUUCUGCAGUAGAGAUGCCAGGACACCGUAACACAAAUAAAGUAGAUGUACAGUUUGGAAGUCUUGGUAGUAUGGAUGCUUCUUCAAUGUUUGGAUUCGGGAAUGGAGAGACUGUAGUAUCCAAUCUGACAAGUUCUGCCAAUAACAGUACACAGCAAUCUGUUUUAAGCAAUCAUUUACCAAAAGUGAGUCAACAACAAAACGAGUCUGUGAUAACGUCGUCAAUGAUGACACCGCCACCUAGUGCUGGAACCUCUGUGAUAUCUGGUCAGGAGUCACCAAGGAACAACAUGUUCCAUAACUCUCCGUACACCACUCCAACAAAGAAAGAUCCAAUGUCACAGAAUCAAGUUAGUAGUAUGAGUCCUCCAGAGCCCAUACCAUUCCCAACCUCUCAAACAGACAGAAAAUCUAGUCCAAUGAUGGCCCCUCAGAGACCAGGAUCAACGCCAGGGUUAUCUCAGAAUUCACUGUCAACAAGUAAUCCAGAAUCCAAUAUGGGUUCUUUUUCACAAGGUGGUUAUGGAACAAGUCCAUACCAGUCACAGAAGUCAGCCAUGUCCAAUGCUGCAGGACUGAGUGGAACAGCUGGUCAGUCCAACUCAGCUGGACUGUCUAAUUCAGCAGGAUUAACGAACUCAUCAGGACUUUCAAAUGCAAGAGGGCUUUCAAAUUCUUCAGAUAGUGCUACAAAUAGACUGUCAAAUUCAGCUGGGUUACCAAAUAAAUCAGAUUUCAACUCCUCUUCUCCGCAAAGUUCUUACCAAACUCAAUAUCAAUCUGGAGGAAACCAGUAUCAGUCUAGUCAAAACCAGUUUCAAACUGGACAGAACCAAUUUCCUGCUGGUCAAAACCAGUUUCAUAGUGGACAGUCACAAUAUGGUUCAUCCCCGAACCAGUAUCAAAACUAUGGACAGUCUGGGUCAACAUUCCAAAGCCAACCAGGUUCUUUUUCAGGGAAUCAGAAUCAGACUGCAAGCUAUCAGAAUAAUCAGAAUGGUCCUAGUUCUUAUCCAAGUACACAAAGUCAAACUGGCUCAUUUUCUGGUAGUAGGGGCAGUUCAUUCCCUGGUAGCCAGAGUGGCAACUCAAUAUCUGGAAGUCAGAAUCCCCCUGGUGCAUAUCCAGGAUCACAAACUACGUCGGAAACAUUUAAUUUGGCUGGAAAUCAAAAUCAAGGAAGUGCAUACAAUGAUAUGAAAAGCCAGGGUGGUUCAUAUAGUGAUCCAUCAAGUCAAAGAGGUUCAUACAAUGAUAGACAAACUCAGAGUGGUAGUUCUUACUCAGAAAGACCAAGUCAGUCUAAUUCUUUUAGUGAUAGACAAAGUCAGUCAGCAGGUUCAUACGGAUCUGAAAGAACAAAUCAAGCUGGAUCAUAUUCAGAUCGCCAGAAUCAACCCAAUUCAUAUACAGGUGGAAGUUCAUUCAGUAGUGUAACACAGGCUGCCCAGAAUUAUAGUGCUAACCAAAGUGGACAGAGCUCCUUGUAUCAAGCAGCUGUGUCCAAUGCCUAUCAAGGACAAAGUCCGUCUGGUUCUAUUUAUCAUCAAGGUGGCUCAACACAGGUGACAUCUUCUUAUCAGCCACAAGUUUCAACUAGUUAUGGUAGAGAUUCUCAGUCAGGAACAUUCUCAACAAAUGUUUCUCAGUCAAGUAGCAGCUACCAGCGUGAUGGUAGCUCUUCAGGGACUCAGUCAUCAUAUACAUCACAAACAUUUGGAGGGAACCCCCACCAGAGCAGCCUACAAUCCAACCUGCAGACCUCUGCUCUUUCUGGUAAUAAACUCGGUGAAACAUUAUCUAAAAUGACAGUGAAAGAAAACAACUUAGAUUCGAGACAAUCUCCAUCACAGUAUGAAAAUUCCUCAUCGUCAACAACAGCAAGUUUAACAUCUACAACAAAUUCAACUUCCCUAAUCUCGACGGUGACGACUCCAUCAGUUUCAUCAUCAUCGGCAGUAACAUCAACAGUACAGUCAACAACAUCAGCUAAAGUUUCCAGUUCCGCUGGUACCAGUAAGUCCAGUAAAGCACCACCAAAUUUGCCACCAGGUGUACCAUUACUGAGCCAUCAGUAUAUAAUGGGACAGAACUUGCCAUACUUUGCUGGAUUACAACAGCCUUUAUAUGGUUAUGAAGAUAUUCAGUUGCUUCAACAGAGAAUACCCCCAAUGAACUUACAAAACUUGCAGAAUUAUAACUAUGAUAUGACUGCAUUUGGUAAUGUACCUACAACACUAAAUACUGGACGAGAACAGACAUCCCUGGCUGGAAAUGUACCUUAUUCAGGUACAGAAAACAAGUUGAAUAGAGUAGAAGCACAGUCACCGAUUCCUUCUACCCAACAACAGUCAACACAAUCACACCAGCAGCAGCAUUUUAUUAACUUACCAUAUGGAUACUGUUACCCAGGAACUGUUUUGCCAGGUGCUCCCACUGCCAUGGGGUUCCAGUACCCACCACAAAUGUUCCCAGUACCACCAGUGACUAACACAGGAGCUCCCCAUGCUGGUACCACAGCAAAUGCACAGUUCCAAAAACAGACUUAUGGAUCUCACACUUAUGGUAGUAAUAAAGCUUAUGAGGAAUUGGCACAGGACUUCACCAAGUCUACCUACAUCAAUCAGUCCCAGAACAAAGUAACAGGAGUUUCAGGUUUGUUAAACGGAUCUGCUACCACAGUAACAGCUGAUUUGGCCGGAACAGGACUGCCAGGUGUGUCAGGCUAUGGCAAAACACAUUCACAGCAGUUUGCGACAGGAACCCAAGCAGGAAGUCAUAUUGGUGCACCAACAAAUCCAUAUGGAGCUGCUCAGUUUAUUCCAUUGAUGACUCAUCAGCCUCCAUCCCAGCUCCAUAUGCAGGGAUUGCAGCAGGAUACAAGUACUGGAUCCAGUGCACGCAUUCACUCCCAACAGACUAGUUCACAGGCCAAGGCUGUAACUCCCAAAGGUUACACCAAUACAUAUUGGGGAACCAGUUAAACAUGGAAAAAGAUGACAACUGAGGACAGAAUUGAUGAAAAUGGCCUCUUAAAUUUUGUUGUAUUUUAAAAUAUUUUGUGUUGGUGUUCUGUGUCACACUGCUGGGGUUUAAUAUUAAGUGGUUUCUGUGAGAAGUUCCCCCCUUUAAAUGGUCGUUAGUAGAUUUUCGUAAGUCUUGAAGAUGCUGUGAAUUAAUUGUAGUUUAUGAGAAUUUUUUUGCUUAUUAAUAUUGUUAUUUAAUAUUGGAAAUGGUCUUCAUUUGAUGUGUAACAUCAUUGUAUAGUAUUAUUCCAUAGAGAUCAAGCUAGUGUGUGUGCUGUUGUUCACGAUGUAUAUUGUGGGUGCCUUAUGAAUCCCUGUGGUGAAUGGUUUUAAACGAUUUCUCUCAGAUUUGUCAGAUUAACAGAUGUGUCACCUUUUUGGUUUGAAUGGAGAAUUGAUUGGAGCAGGAGGAUAGAGUAGCUAGGUAGAACCCUAUAUUUUCCUUUGAAGCAAGAGGGCAAAGAAGCUAGGUAGAACCCUAUAUUUUCUAUUGAAGCAAGAGGGUAAAGAAGUUGGGUAGAACCCUAUAUUUUCCAUUGGAUCAGAAAGAUGAAAAAGCUAGGCAAAGCCCUAUGUUUUAUAGACUGUAGUUAGAUUGAGGGUUGUACUGAUGAAAAAGGUUGCACUUUGUUGAUGAAUUUUAUUAUCACGUUUCUGGUGAUAUAUGCCCCCUUCACUCAUGACAGAUUUCAUUUGUUUGUAAAUAUUUUUUUGUAAGAUUGAAAAAAAAUCAUAAAUACACCGUGUCACAUGACACUUCUGAGAGAAUAUCAGACGAGGAGUAAGCUUGAUUACUGUUUCAUAUUUUUGGAGUCAAUUUUUCCUAGCUGCUGUUUAUUGAUUUAUUUUGUAUCUGAUUUGUACAGUUUUAUGUUAAAUUUUAUAUUUGAGAUAGUCAAUGAAAUAAUAAAAAGAUAAUCUAUUUUAUAUAACUUAGCUUGCGUUAAAAGAUUUGCUGAAAUAUAUUUGUAUAAUAGUAGUUAAAGGCAUUCUAAGAAAAGUUAAAAAAAGGUACAAAAUAUUUGAAUGAACAGCAGAUAUAGUUUUUCCUUUGUUAUUUGUGUGCAGAUUACUUAUUUGAUGUUCGAUGUAUACCUUAUUAAACUAGUGUGCAUGUAUAUAAAUUUCAUUGUAAUACAUAGAAAAAAAUCAUCUAUAUUGUCAUUGGCUAACAGUUAUAUUGUAGGAGAAAUUUUUGUAAAUAUAUAAAUAUAUAUGAUCAAGUAUGUUAAACAACAAAUUUUUGCCUUUUAAAUUGGAGCAUUGCGUAACGUACAUUUCCUAUUGUGCUCAUAAUAAAGAAAAAAUAAUUGAAA